AGUGAGUACCUUCCCAUUACCCCGUAUCUUUCCGUAUGCAUAGUCCUUCCUUCUCUCACUCCUCCCUCCCUCUUCCCUUCCUCCUUUCUUCCCUCUCUCCUGGGAACUGGUUCAACCAGAGUACAACCUGCUCAUCUGCCUCUAGCAGAGCAGCUGCAGGAGCCGGGACCUGCAGAGCAGCUGAGCUGAAGCUAGGGAGGCCAGGCUGGCGCGCUGCGGGACACAGAGGGCGAGCAGUGGGCCGGGCCGCCUCCCUGAGGCCCAUGAGAGGCCAACACAGCCUGGAGCUCGCUCAUGAGGCCGCCGUGGUGCGGGAGAAGGACCCGCGGCAUCCCACUGGGGCUGUUCACGCUCUGGGUGGCUACAGCCCGCUGUCUGCAGAGUCAGGGUGUGUCACUGCACAUUCCACAGCCAGCCAUCAACGCCACUGUCCAAGACGAUAUCCUGCUGUCCGUGGACUACUCCUGCCAUGGGGUGCCCACUAUUGAGUGGAAGUACACAUCCAUCUGGGGUGUACAGAAGAUUGUGGAGUGGAAAGCAGGGACCCCAGCCAACGUCUCCCAAAGCCACAGAGACAGAGUCUGCACCUUUGACAAUGGCUCCAUCCAGCUCUUCAGUGUGGGUGUGAGGGAUUCUGGCUACUAUGUCAUCACUGUCACAGAGCACCCAGGGAGCAGCCAGUCUGGCACCAUUGUGCUGCAUGUGUCUGAGAUCCUCUACGAAGACCUCCACUUUGUUGCUGUCUUCUUCACUCUGCUCGCCGCGGUGGCUGUGGUGCUAAUCAGCCUCAUGUGGGUUUGCAAUCAGUGUGCAUACAAGUUCCAAAGGAGGAGGAGAUACGAACUCAAAGAAAGCACCACUGAGGAGAUUGAGAUGAAAGAUAUUGAAUGUUAGCCAAGACUGUGCCCAAAUACAUUGCUACCUCAAGAGAAAAACAGUAUUUUUCAGUCGAAGGAACAAACCAAGCCAGUCCUUGCUGUAGCCUCUCGAAACCUGGGCCCGCACCCCUUUACUGAUGAGACAGCUGGAAGAUGAGAAAGCUGUGUGGCGCUGAGGAUGAUGGCUUCCUUAAACAAGCCAGUUCCAGGACUUGCAUGCAGUUCAAGGAAAGUUUAACUGAGGCUUUCCACCAGGAACUGUGGCUUCAGGGUCAUUCUCACCCCUAACACAGGCAGGCACCAGCUGCCACUUACAGUACAGGCUACGGUCCCACACUGGCCUGCUGGAGACGUCCCCAUCUCCAGGGCAGCGUAUCUACAGAGGGGCUGACGUGCAGCUAGCAUCGGGACAUGCAGUCUGUUCCUUUGUGCUCCCGUCUGAUCUGCAAAGUGUGGCACCCUCCAUCUCCCUGUCUUACAUCCCAUAAGUGCUGCUGUGGAGACAUGAGCAAGCCUGAGGCUCGGAGGGAGACGGUCUGAUGAGGUGGUGAACUGCUCCUCAGGGAGAGCAGCUGAGUGCACUGACGGACCAGCUCUGAACGCAGGGAGCAGAAGUCACUCUCAUCCUUCCUCAUCCAAAAUUAACUGAGUAGCUUAAACUGGGCUGGUAUGAGAAAAACAUGGCUUAAGUUGGCCAGGAGCAGCUGGAUGGGUGGCACAACAGGGAAAAUCUGUAAGGCUUCAUUCAUCUUCAUCCUGUUUGGUCACCAACACUUCAAGUCUCCAGUCAUAUCCUGGGCUGAGGGGCAUGUGACCUUCACCUACCUCAAAUGGCAUCAGGAGAAGCCAGCAUUAGUUUAUAUCUCUAGGAGUGAUUAAGAAGAGCAUGAGAAUUCUUUUUUUUUUUUUUUUUUAAUUUUUUAUUUUUUUGAGAAUUCUUUAAGGAUCUGGAAAGCUAUAAGGGAAAGUGCAAUCACCAUUGCAUAGCAAAGGUUAAAAUGCUCUGGGAUGGGGCUAGAGAGAGGGCUCAGCAGCUGAGAGCCCUUGCUGCUCCUGCAGAGGAACAAAACACAAUUCUAAGCACUCACAUGGUGGCUCAUAACCUUCUCCAAUUUCAGGGAAUCUGAUGCCCUCUUCUGGCCUCCAUAGGCACUGCAUGCACGAGGUGCACACACAUACAUGAAGACAGUGCUCAUGCACAUUAAAUAAAAAUUUUAAAAUUAACCUAAAAGUUUUUUU